GCUGGACUUGGCGGCGGCGCGGCUGCUGAGGUGCCUGGCUGGAUGCGAGACCUGCGCGGCCCCGGCGGCAGACGGAGGCUUCCGACUCCGGGAGCGGACCGCGCCGGCCAUGGCCUCCAACUUUAACGACAUCGUCAAGCAGGGCUACGUGAAGAUCCGCAGCAGAAAGCUGGGGAUUUUCAGACGAUGCUGGUUGGUUUUCAAGAAGGCUUCCAGCAAGGGACCAAGACGGUUAGAAAAAUUUCCAGAUGAAAAGGCAGCUUAUUUCAGAAACUUUCAUAAGGUAACUGAACUGCACAACAUCAAAAAUAUUACCAGACUGCCUCGAGAGACGAAGAAGCACGCAGUGGCCAUUAUCUUUCAUGACGAAACAUCCAAGACAUUUGCGUGUGAGUCAGAGCUGGAGGCAGAGGAGUGGUGCAAACACCUCUGCAUGGAGUGUCUAGGGACCAGGCUCAACGACAUCAGCCUUGGAGAGCCAGACCUCCUGGCUGCAGGAGUGCAACGGGAACAGAAUGAGCGAUUCAAUGUUUAUCUCAUGCCUACACCAAAUCUGGAUAUUUAUGGUGAAUGCACAAUGCAGAUCACGCACGAGAAUAUCUAUCUCUGGGAUAUCCACAAUGCCAAGGUCAAGUUGGUGAUGUGGCCCCUCAGCUCCCUAAGGAGAUACGGCCGGGACUCAACAUGGUUCACCUUUGAGUCUGGAAGAAUGUGUGACACAGGAGAAGGACUAUUCACUUUUCAAACAAGGGAAGGAGAAAUGAUCUAUCAGAAGGUCCAUUCUGCGACACUGGCCAUAGCUGAGCAACAUGAAAGACUAAUGCUAGAAAUGGAGCAGAAGGCCCGGCUUCAGACAAGCUUGACGGAACCAUUGACAUUAUCCAAAUCCAUCUCUCUUCCACGCAGUGCGUACUGGCAUCACAUUACGCGUCAAAACAGCGUUGGUGAGAUCUACAGUUUGCAAGGUCAUGGGUUUGGUUCGUCAAAGAUGUCUCGUGCACAGACGUUUCCUAGCUACACAACGGAACAGAGUGAAGAGGCGCAGCCUCCCUUGUCACGGUCCAGCAGCUAUGGCUUCAGCUACAGCUCCAGCCUCAUCCAAUGACACACACAGGGCACUGCUCACCAGACAGACAGCCUCUCUUGGACCUGCCUGCGGGGUCAUUGAACCCUCUGCCUCCUGGAAGACCAAUUGCAGUACAAAUUGCUCGGUUGGGUCUAGCCCCAAUCCCACUGGAAGGUUAAUAACUGGAGUUCUGCUUCCUUGAUUCAGUGGCUAAGUCCUUUAUUUAUUGAAUUUCUAGGGGGGAAUCUAUGUUUUACAGUAAUAGAAUCCAAAUUGUAUGAACAGUCUUUAAAUAAACAAAAUUCUUUGGGUCUGAAAGUAACAGAAGCCUUGGCACUGGGAGAAGUGCCCCACACUGGUGGUACCUGAGUGACAGGCACUUACCCCUGUCUUCAACACCCAGUCCUGCCUCUGAGCACAGGGUCUGUCCAUAGGCAUCAUGACCUACCACAAAUUUUGUGGCUUUUUCAGUUUUGACAGGGUCAAAUCCAGUAAGCUCUGCAAAUGGCAUCUGAACACUCCAUAUGAAUAAAUCCAGUGACAACUAAGGAAAUAUGAAAUUAGAACACUCUGUUAAUCAGGGUCUGGUAGCUCUACUGUCGUGUGUGUGUGUGUGUGUGUGUGUGUGUGUGUGUGUAGACAAAUAUAGAUAUGGAUAUUGCUAUAUCCAUCUAUAUAUAACAAGUAUAUAUAUAAAUAUAUAUGUGCUGAUGGUGACAGGAUAUGCUCACUUAAAUUGUUGAAAACUGUAAUUUGUUGCAUUAAAAUUAAGAUUGUUAUGUUGAAUAGCUAUUUUUAAAAUAGUGCUCUUUAGAAAAAAAACAGGCUUUUUAUUAGCAAAAGUAUUUAUGUAGUCCAUUCUGCUCCCAUGAAAAGUCUGAGCAAAAAUGUGAGAAGAGGAAUCCACUGGAAGCAAGAGCCUGGUUGUCCUACCCGUCGUGCUGUCACACUGUCCGUCUGGUCAGUGUUGCUUUACUGUCGACAGUGUUUCUCUCCUCAGCCAUUCUUCUGAGCUACGUGAGGAAGAUCUGGUGUGAUCACUAGUUAGCUUUCAAUUAACCUGAGGGAAAAGACUCCAAAUGAAAAACUAAGAAUAAAAACACACGCAUUUAAAAAGAACUCAGCUAUUUUUCAGUUAAGAGAAGAAAAAACAGUUACAGAAUAGUAGCUAUCAACAUUUAAAAUUUCAUAAAUACCAUCCCCAGGAGCCAUUAGGUACUUGUAAUUUAGAACUCACUGGUUUAUUUUCUCUUGUACUGGACAUGGUUUGUCUGAGCUUAUAGGUGGAAAAGGACCAAAUGUAAAUACUUUUGGACCUGACACUAUUGAUAACCAUAUAAGAUUAAAACGCAGUAGUGAUUCCCACAUGAAUUGAGGAAGGCUGGCUAAUCCUAAUCAACAUAAAUAGAUGUGCCCCUAAUUUUAGAAGUAAAAAUGAAAAUUAUUCUGCCUGAAUGAUCUGAUACAGUGUGCCUCAUACUGGUAUUUCCCAACUAGUCCAGCAUAGGUUUAAAGAACAGUGAGCCUGAUUUUUUUAAUAACAAAUUUUUUUAUACCAACAAAAGCAGUUUAUUGAAUGGGUACCUAUUUUGCAGAUCUCUGUUAAGAUUUUUUUCAUCCAUAUUCAUAGCCUGAGAGUAGACUGACAAUUCAUUUCAGUGAAUGACUACUGAAUAAAAAUGGCUCCACAUCCAUUUUUGAUAAAUGUGCACUUAUAACCACCUAGACUCUCUGAAUCACUCAGAUAGAUAUGAAAACCCCAUCAAGAUGCUAAUCAUAAGAGUUAAUGUGGCUGCAAAAAAUAAUUACCCUAAGCCUUCAGGGAUAAAAAGGAAAUUACCCAAACUCUCUGUGCUGUGAAUUUUGCUGACACAGCAGAGGAGCAAAUGACUGGUUCCUUCGGAGGAUACAGCCUUCCCUGGGAUCCCUGUGUUCAGGGUUGACAGCUCUGAAUUUCUUUACUACGUGGCAUUUGCUUUGGAAAUGCCACUACUCAAAUAUACCAGAGCAACUCCCAGCUGAGACCUUUUGAGCACAGUUCCUAGUGCAGCCAAUUCAGAGCGAGCCUCUCGCUGCCUCACUCAGUCGAGCUGUUGCUUAGACACCAGAAGUUUCUAUAAGGGACUUAUGGGGAAAGGCCCUCAGGGGUCCUGGUUCAUGUCUCAGCUUUAUUAAUGUGCCAGAAGCACAGACAGCAGGUCCAGGGGGAUUCUGCUAAUUACACGAGUCUGCUCUUGUGUCUCUUUGGUGGGAGACAAGCAUCUGCAUGAAUCGCUUCCAGAACACCGUUGAGUUCUGAUCUUCCCUGGUGAGCUGACUGUGAAGACAUAACUUUGGGCCAGUUUACUCUGAAAAUAAUGUCACAGGAAAAGGGUGUGAGAAAUUUGCUUCCCAAGGCUUUAACCCAAUCUCAGCGUAGUGAGAGUGAUGCUAUAAAAUAUCUCAUCAUAUAGUUUUAGAGCUUUAUUCUAGUAUCCUUCUAGUAUCCUAUCUUCCAAUUUCCAAUUGAGUCAAAACUGCAAAGUGAAUAGAUAGAAUUUAUAGAACUUCACACACUUGACAAAAAACAGUGUUUGUUGUAAUAAAAAUGACAAGCAGAUAGAGCUACAAAGACCAAAGAUGGAAAGUUACAGUCCCUGGGAGCUUCAUAAAAAUCAGUUCCAUUGGAGUGACUAGAACAGCUGUGGGAAUGUGUUCAACUCAUCUGAGCUCGUAGGUUUUUGAUUGAAGAUGCCUCCAUACUUUGCAAGUCCUUUCUCCCUCCAGAAAUAUACUACAUCUUUAAAAAUUCAAACAACUUUUUCAUUGUGAGGGAGCGAUUGCUGUGAACCAAAGACAUCUAGGCUCCUGAAAGUGACUCAACUGGGGUUUCACCCAGAUUGGUCCAUGUAAAUAGUCACCACUUAUACAUCAGUUUCAUAGACACCAAUGAUCAAGGAAUCCCACAUAUAUAAUGAAGUCUCUUCUGACAGCAGAGACAGCCUGACAGCAUACAUAUUUCAUAGAAAGAUUUAUGGGGGGAUUUAUUUUUCAUGUCCUCAAUUGUUCCUUCAGAUAAUCUUGAUUAAUGUGCACAUAACCAACAUAUGACAUUAUAUUUAAAGUGAGGAAAAGUACACAAUGAAUUUGACCUAGUAGUUCACUAUUCUUGGGGGGUGGACAAAAUACAUCUUUCACUUACUUAUUGGACAAACAGUAGGCAUUCAGAGAUAAUUUAUUUAGGCAGGUUACAAAUAUCUGUGAAUCUAUAGGUUCUAGCCACUGCCAAAAUUUGAAUUUUAUACAAAAAUAUAUAUUUAGUUACUUAUUAGGGAGGAUGCUGAUUGAUAGAGCAUGUGAACUAAACACCUCUUUCACCAACUAGUAAUCACAGCACUACCCUAGUAUAUUGUACAAUUCUGUCUUCUUUGGACAAUUACGUUUGAAAAACAUUCAUCACCUAUAAAACAAUCGGCCAUUAGUACAUUCUAUCUAACAGAAACAGUGGCCUGACCAAUAUCUUUACACUGUUAGUAGUAGUUUCUACAGAUCCAAUUUACUGCAUGUGAUAUCUUUAUGGUAGAUACUAAAAAUGUAUCAUACAGAUUGAUGUCUCCUCAUUAUUUGGCUAAUAUCUCAAAGAAAUUUGCAAAAAAGCAUGAGUACAUUACUCCCUUGAUUAUUUGAACGAUUUGCUGUACUAAAGUCAACCAUUAGUGCUAGAUGAAAAGAAGCCAAGGAAGUUAUAUUCUAAUAAAUAUCUUAGUCCAGUUCUAUUAUAACACAGCACAAUAAAUGGACAAUAUCCAUCCAGUAGGGAAGAGCUUUUCACUUGUAACAUUUUAAGUUUUACAAGAAAAGUCACGUUAAUAGCUGAUUGAAGUGAAAAAUACAUAUUCUCCAAUUCUAUUAACAUGCCUAUCAGUGUCUUACAAAUCACAUUAUCAAUAACUAAUUAUAUAUUCCCGGACCACUUCCUUGUCAAAACAGAUAAAGAUUUACCCCAGGCAUGUAGUAAUAAUUAUAACAAGUGGUAUGUUACACAUAUUAAUAUCUAGCCUAUGAAGUUUUUGGGGUGUAUGUAUGUAGGCUAUGAAAUUCAUAGGGUGCAAAUCCCCAUGGGGGGGAUAGAGAAGGAUGGUGGUUAGUCAAGAGGAUAAUUUAAGUAAAAUGAUAAGGAAUCCACCGAAAUGUCAAGUGCACACUUGGACUGCUAAGUGCACACUUAGACACGCUAACCCAGUUCAGUGUCACACACUUGGCCUUCUUUACCGAUUAUCUCAGUUCUUAACAUGCCCACAGGAACACACAUUACCAGCACAUGUGCUUUUUUCCAUUUCCUGAAAAUAUUUUAACACAGAAGAAUGUGCAACAAAGUCCCCUAAUAAAAUGUAUCUUCAAUAACAUGAGAAUCAUUUUUCUAUGGCCAAUUUCAUUUUAUUGUUAUUACGCAUAUAUAUUAUCAUGACACAUAUGGUUAGGGGCUAAAUUUGUGAGAAAAGAUCAACAAUCUCAUGUGUGUAUUCCCUGUAAACUUAUUAGAAAGACUACCCUUUUCUCUGUGGAACUAUUACAAAUCGAGACUUUCUUUCUCAAGAAUGUGAACUUUGUUUUAUUUCCACAAUUGUUUCAACAGAGAAGACAUUAGAUAGUUUAUAGUCUCAUAGAAGUAUGAAAUGCUAGGCAUAUUUUCUACACAGGCAGAAUGCUAGCCAGCUCUAGAAGCAAUCUUAAAGGUCGUAUAGAAUAAAGGUUUCACUUUGAUUUCCUCAGGAGAAAAUUGAAAUCCAUGGACACUGCAUUUUGCUAAAGGCAAAAAAAAUGGCCAGGAAUGGUUCCUCCUAGUUACGGGGUUUAUGUCUAGGAUGUUUCUGUGGUUCUACCUUGUCUUCCAGGCAAACCUAGCACAAGUUGAGAAAUACCACAUGGCCACAUGAUAAAAAUGCCUUUGUAUGUUUAAGGGUUUCCUCAUAUUUUUGAGAUGCUGCUAUUCUUCUUGGAUUUAUCACCAACCACAUCCUUCAAAAGGCUUUCUGAGACACUUCACUAGAUUUGUUGUAGGUCAUGAUUGACUAGCAUAAGCUUUAUUACUCUUAAAUUGCCCUCCAAUUAUUUGUAUAAAACUCAGACUUAUUUAUCAUAAAAUAAUAGAAAAAAUUAGUAAUUGUGUGUGUUUUGCUGUCCUGCUAAUCCCUCAUAUUGUAAUUAUGAUCAUUAUUUUGGAAUCUUUACCCCUCCAUAUCACUUUAUGGUGUCAUUAUUUAUGUUAUUUGUGUAAAACUUUGUUAGGUAAUUGAUACUAUUACAGCUACAUUUUUUCAUGUGAUCUUCAAAUAGUUUCCAACUUCACCAGAAAUUUCAAAACUUAUUUGUUUUACAUUAAAAUACUUUAUGGCUCAAGCUUUUCCUUCCAGGCAAUUAUGUACAUUUACUGAAGUUAAAAUGAAUAAGAAAUAAUCUGAAAGUAUUAAACAACAUAAAGGCUACAAUUUGUUUAUAAUCUUCAGACAUGUUUCCCUGUAUUUAACAUCUUGUAAACGUGUGGAGAGGAAAAAUGAAUUUGUUAUAGAAAUGUUCCUUCUAAUAAUUCCAUUAAAUGAAUAUGCUUUUAUUUUAACAUAUCUCCCACACCUAUGAUGCCAGCCCAUAUUCCACAUAACAGCUGUAAAAGAAUAAAUGUGUUUAAAGAUUCUAAUCAUUAUUUUGGGCCAUUUCUACCCAUUAAUACAAUUAACUUCUUCAAUCUGUUAGCUGUGUAUUGGAUGCUUUUAGAUGGACAGCAUGAAAUCAAUCCCUUCUCUGGACACAGAAUUGCACACUGAGAUGAGCCCGCUAUAUGCCCUAACUGAUAAUUCUGAGACCCACAGUCUCUUAAAAGAGUUGCUUAUUAUCAGGUCUACAAAAUGUAAAACUCCAAAUUCAGGCAAAAAAUAAUAUGAGAUAUCAUUUAGUGUUUUAAAAACUCAUUGUAAGAUUUCUCUUGAAGAAAACAUCUUGCCCUGGGUUUUAUGAUGAUUUCAUAUUUUUUUUUUUUUCAUAACCAGAAUCGAACUUGAGCUUGCCAGGCAGGCACUGGGCCCCUAAGCUAUACCUCCAACCCUCAGAUCAUUGACUAUUUGUACUUCCUUUUUUUUUUUUUUUUUUU